ACCCGCCGGGGUGGAGAGAGAAUGCUUAACUCCUUAGGCUCUCGUUCCUCCGUCCCUGCGCCUCUCUCCCUUUCUCGUUCGGGCAUCCAGCACUUCGGUCUCGGAGGCCCUGACUCUCCCCCCUCAGCUUUCUCCUUCUGUCCCAUAACCCCUGUGGGUCUGUCCCCGGCCGGUCCUAGGGUCCCACCAGCUCAGAGCAGCUGAGGGUUAAGGGGGCGGGGCCGCUGCAUUUUUGGGGAGUGAGCGCAUCCUAGCGGCAGCCAAAGAGGGGCGUCCGGCAGGGACCCUAUGAAGCCCCCGAGCAGGGGCAACAGGUGUUCUGCAGCUUAGGGAUCACGGUCUUGUUCCUCAGACUCUUUUUAAAGAAGCCAGAAUUGAGUGGAGUGAGGUCGACGGGAGAGGAAGGUGAAGCAGAAAAACAGAAGUCAGCACGACCGGACUGUGUGGAUGGGAUGGGAACGCCGGGGGAGGGGCUGGGCCGCUGCUCCCAUGCCCUGAUCCGGGGCGUCCCGGAGAGCCUGGCGGCGGGGGACAGUGCCGGGGCUGGCCUUCCGGCUCUGGACCUGGCCAAAGCUCAAAGAGAGCACGGGGUGCUGGGUGGUAAACUGAGGCAGCGACUGGGGCUGCAGCUGCUGGAACUGCCUCCCGAGGAGCCCCUGCCUCUGGGACCACUGCUCGGUGACACGGCCGUGAUCCAAGGGGACACAGCCCUAAUCACACGGCCCUGGAGCCCAGCCCGUAGGCCAGAGGUUGAUGGGGUCCGCAAAGCCCUCCAGGACCUAGGGCUCCGAAUUGUGGAGAUGGGGGACGAAAACGCGACCCUGGAUGGCACCGACGUUCUCUUCACCGGCCGGGAGUUCUUCGUAGGCCUCUCCAAGUGGACCAAUCACCGAGGAGCAGAGAUAGUCGCCGACACAUUCCGGGACUUCGCCGUCUCCACUGUGCCUGUCGCAGGCCCCAGCCACCUGCGCGGCCUCUGUGGCAUGGGAGGACCCCGCACAGUGGUGGCUGGAAGCAGUGACGCUGCCCAGAAGGCUGUCAGGGCCAUGGCCGCGCUGACAGAUCACCCAUACGCCUCGCUGACCCUCCCAGAUGACGCAGCUGCCGACUGUCUCUUUCUGCGACCUGGGUUGCCAGGUGCACCCCCUUUUCUCCUGCACCGAGGAGGUGGGGACCUGCCCAACAGCCAGGAGGCACUGCAGAAGCUUUCUGAUGUCACCCUGGUACCUGUGUCCUGCUCGGAACUGGAGAAGGCUGGAGCUGGGCUCAGCUCCCUCUGCCUGGUGCUCAGCACACGCCCCCACAGCUGAGGGCCUUGACCUUGGGGUCCUGGCAGGUCGGGGAUGGGGCAGCAUAGAAUGUAGAAGGGGGAAGAAGGUUAGGUAGAGGACGGUGAGUAGGUGGCAGUAGGGGGAGAGAACUCUAAAACUGGGGGGAGGGCAUAGUGUGGGAAAAAGGAUGGGCCUACUGGGUGAGUCCUCUCUCAGAAUCAAUAAACUAGAAUUGGCUUUUA